AUGGCCUCUGUAGCCGAGACCCAUUUCGUACAGUUCGCGGUUCAAUGGGCUAGCCUCGCGCUGCUCUACUACGAUUAUGCUUUGACCUUCCCGCAAGAGGUCAGAUACAUCUGGAAAGGGCGCAAGCGAAGCCUGCUCAUUCCACUGUACAUCAUGUGCCGAUACGCAUUGCUGGCAAAUGUGCUCUAUCUCCUAGCUAUCGCGCACAUGCUCGGCGGUCCUGGCUCCUGCGAUGUCGUAUACAAGGCCAUCGGGGUGGUCAGCGUGUUAGGACGGGCGGCUGUCUUCUCACCUCCAGUUACCUUCCUCGCCCGCGUCUACGUGGUGUGGGCCAAGAACAAGCUCAUCCUCGCAUUCCUUGGGGCCCUCGCCCUCACCUGCUUCGUACUCGACGUCAUACACGUGCCGGGGCUGAGAUGUGAAGGCUCCUCGACAAUACAAAUCGCGAAUACCCUGCUUUCGAUCUUGGUCUGCAUCUUCGAGUCGUUAGCCGCACUCUUGACGUUCCUGCGUAGCCUUCAAGCCCUUCGGUUCGGCGGAACGCCCAUCACGAUGAAAAGGCACACGUUCAACUACCUGGUCGCAGAGCAGAGCACGCUAUAUUUCAGCCUGUGCUCGUCUUUGACUAUUGCGGCCAUCGUACUAAACUUCCGCGCCCCUAGAGGUUUCUUCCAGCGCCUUCUUAAUGCCCUCUUACUACCCGUCUCCGGCCUACUUACGGCACGUUUCAUCCUUCGCCUUCGCGAAUACCAUGGUCGCGACACUGAGAAGAGUGUUGAUGACGACACCCCGGCCGUCUCCACAUUCCAGGCUGCCGCUACACGACAACCUACCGAUGUUUCUAACGCCGUGAUGGACGAGUUUGGGGAGGACUAUCUGACCCUCGCCGCGCGCAGACUUGAAGAAACCAAUGUUGAGAAGGCCGUGGAUGACGCUCAAGAACCAAGUGGUGGAAGCGAACAUUACGCUGUUGUUCCGAUGCUUGCUGGAGAGGAGACCGCUGAUCUGUCUCGUUGCGAGAUCAAUGACCCUAGGCGACCUGAGUUCCUUCAGGGCUGCAGCAGUAGCGGCAUCCGAGAAGCCAAAACUAGCAGCGGUAGUGUCUGA